AUGGAUAAACUGCAGGUGCUGCAAGUCCUCGAUCGCCUGAGAAUGAAGUUGCAGGAGAAAGGCGACUGCUCACAGAAUGAGAGGCUGUCUGUAUUUUAUGAGAUGUUGAGGAGUCCUCUCUUCAACCAGAUUCUCACACUCCAGCAGUCCAUCAAGCAACUGAAGGGGCAACUUAGCCAUAUCCCCUCGGAUUGUCCAGCCAACUUUGAAUUUUCUAGGAAAGGUUUGUUAGUGUUCACGGAUGGUUCCAUUACAAACGGGAAUGCCCACAGGUCUUGUAAUAAUUUGACUGCAUCUGGGUUGUUUCCUUGGACCACAAAGUCAGGAAAUGAAGACUUUAACUCAAUCAUUCAGCAGAUGGCUCAGGGCCGGCAAAUUGAAUACAUAGACAUAGAACGCCCUUCAACUGGAGGCCUUGGUUUCAGUGUUGUGGCUCUGAGAAGUCAGAACCUGGGAGAAAUUGAUAUCUUUGUGAAGGAAGUCCAUCCAGGAAGUGUAGCAGACAGGGAUCACAGAUUGAAGGAAAAUGACCAAAUUUUGGCUAUUAAUGAUACCCCACUGGAUCAGAAUAUUUCCCAUCAGCAGGCUAUUGCAUUACUACAACAAACCACUGGGUCUCUGCGUCUGGUUGUGGCCAGGGAAGCAGGCCACGCACAAAGCAGAACUUCUACCAGCUCAGUUGAUACAACCCUGCCUGAAUCGGUAUGUUGGGGCCACAUUGAAGAUGUUGAGCUCAUUAAUGAUGGCUCUGGAUUAGGUUUUGGAAUAGUUGGAGGAAAGUCAAGUGGUGUGGUUGUGAGGACGAUUGUUCCUGGAGGAUUGGCAGAUCGAGAUGGAAGACUACAGACAGGCGACUACAUCUUGAAGAUUGGUGGCACAAAUGUACAGGGAAUGACCAGUGAACAAGUUGCUCAAGUGCUAAGGAACUGUGGGAAUUCGGUCAGGAUGCUUGUGGCUAGAGAUCCUGUUGGUGAAAUUCCAGUAUCACCUCCUCCUCCUGUAUCCUUACCUGUUGCCCUGCCUGCUGUAGCCAACAGGAGCCUUGCUUCUGACAGCUCUCAUUUUGAAACUUACAAUGUUGAACUUGUUAAAAAGGAUGGACAGAGUCUUGGGAUUAGAAUUGUUGGCUAUGUUGGAACAGCUCAUCCAGGGGACGCUUCGGGGAUUUAUGUGAAAAGUAUCAUACCAGGCAGUGCUGCGUACCACAAUGGCCAGAUUCAAGUGAAUGACAAGAUAGUUGCUGUGGAUGGUGUGAAUAUUCAGGGCUUUGCUAACCAGGAUGUUGUUGAAGUAUUAAGAAAUGCAGGGCAGGUGGUGCAUCUAACUCUAGUUCGCAGGAAAACAUCUUCAACUGCUUCUCCAUUUGAACAGCCUUCAGACAGAGGAACUGUUGUAGAACCUCCCAAAACACCAACCCUAUUAAUUGGAGCUGUGAAAACAGAAACUGAUUUGGAUAUCGAAGCAGAGGAAAUUGGAGAAAGACUAGAUCAUCUAAAAAAGGAAAACAUACAAGCCUUAGAAAAAUCAGAUGUAUAUCCAGAAAAAGCUCCAGGCUUUCCAGAAAAUGAGCUGAAAUCCAGAUGGGAAAACCUAUUGGGCCCUGGGUAUGAAGUAAUGGUAGCUACUUUGGACACGCAGAUUGCAGACAAUGCGGAGUUCCAGAAGUAUUCAAAGCUGCUGCCUAUCCACACUCUGAGGCUUGGUAUGGAAGUGGAUUCCUUUAAUGGGCACCAUUAUAUCUCUUCAAUUGCUCCUGGUGGUCCUGUAGAUACUCUGAACCUCCUACAGCCUGAAGAUGAACUUCUUGAGGUCAAUGGCAUGCAGCUAUAUGGGCGAUCUCGCCGAGAAGCAGUCUCCUUUCUUAAGGAAGUGCCCCCACCUUUCACCUUGGUUUGCUGUCGCCAGCUGUUUGAUGACGAGGCCUCAGUCGAUGAACCGAGAACCACAGAACCUUCUCUUUCGGAGAUGGAGGGUGACCACAGUAUAGAGGUCAAUACUGAAGAUGAUGAUGGGGAAUUAGCCCUGUGGUCUCCUGAAGUCAAGAUUAUUGAGCUGGUGAAAGACUGUAAAGGUUUGGGGUUCAGCAUUUUGGAUUAUCAGGUAUAAGAACCCAUUUAAAGGAGUUUUGUUUUAUUUUUUUGUUGUUGCUUUUCUGGGAGUGAUUGGUUUAUGUUAAAAUUCCAGGAAAUAGUAAUUGCUUAAAGCACAAUCAGAACUGAAUCCUAAAAAAGGAAUGACAUACUUUCCAUUUUUACUUUUAAAAUUAGU